AUCGGGUUGUCCAGGAUCGGCCGCAACAACGCCACUGCUACCGAAGCUAUCGGCCCGAAGAUCCCAACGGAGUUGCGGCGGAUCGGCAUCAAAUGAACGCACCUACGGUGAUGAUCCUGCUGAUGAACUGCUGUGUCGAAGUGGCCACCAAGAAUGGAGCGAUACCCAUCGGGACGAUGACGAGACAGCGAGUUGCAACUGUCCCACGAUGUCCACCAGCUCCAUUAGUCGGCCCGGUGGUGGUGGUGGUGAUGGCAGUUACACUGGCCAGCCAGUACCGCCGCCAAUUUACUGUCGUAAUUGUGGUUACUUUGUCGAGGGUUCUAGGGAUUCCGCAACCUCCGCUGAACCGGUUGAGGUUCAGACAAGGUCCCCGUGCCGUCCACCGGUGGAUCCGGCCGAACGUAACGAGACACUCCUAGUCGAUUAUGAGACUAUCAGCAGCGACGCAAUGCCAGCCCGUUGUUCCAACGACGUCAAUCGAAACAAUACCAUCGACGAUGGUGGUACCACAGACACCGCCACGGCACCAUCGGUUGACAUUGACAUGCUGACAAUGCAGAUGAUGGUGGCAUCUGCUGCAUCCACCGUGUCCGGGCUCACUCCGGGCCCCACCAGACAGUUGGAUACCGUGAACAACAACACAGCUAAUGAAACCAAAAACCUGCGUUACGCGAUCGGCACCGUUGCACCCGAUUCGUCCAGUUCGUCGCCAGUAAUUGGAGAAGACGACCGGACGUGGAGACGAACUCCCACUACUCCCACCAGCGCGAAUGUAAACAGUGAAAAUAAUAACAUCAUUAUCGAUUCAUCGACGUCGACGACGAUAAGCUCGGUGGAUCAUCGGGAAACUCCCGGCACCAGUGACAUCAUUCAUCAGUGUCCAAACACGUCAUCCAAUCAGUGUUGUAAUCAGCCCGACAGUUACUGUACCGAGGAACCGACCUCGACGGUGGAAGACCACACGAAUGGGAAUGCCGGUAACGAGGCAACGGCCACAACCGAAACACAACCAUCGUCCGGUAUCAGAAGUUUGUUGAACGAGAAUGGGCUGGUACGGUUAGAUAUGAGCCAAAUCAUCGACAACACCGGUCUACCGACGUACGAAGCGGCCUUAAAGCUCGAGUCUAGCGGGUACGUGUAAGCGAAGAUGGCAGCGGCGAACCAUUUUUUUAUCUAAAGAAACAUGACAAGAACAUUUGAGGAAAAAAAAAGAAAACGAACACCAAACACACAACACCACCCCAGACACAAUUCCAGACCUUAACAACACAAUUAAAUGGCCUUUUAGGAGUAGUAGCAGUAGUAGUAGUAGUAGAGAAAGAGAUAGUGUUCUCCUGUAGGACGAACAUCUGCACACAAACAAAAAUCAUCAAGCAAAAAAGAAUGUGUCCACUCUUUUGCCAUAACAUUCUCUUAUCAAUGCGUGAUACGUGAAAGAUAGAACAAUUUUAAAUAAUUCUUUUCGUACUUGUCGAAGGUAAUGGUUUGUGUUAAAUUGGACAGCCCUUUCGAGUACGUCAUUUAGUUGCGACAUUGCACACAAAAACACAAUCGGAGGGUAUAUGAUUGGCAUUAUCACUAGUAAACCUCACAAGCAGCAGCAACACAAGAACACGGGUAAGGUAAGGAUACCCACCGGGUGGGUCAAGGGUUUCAGUGCAAAGGAACAAAACUUCCGAGGCGAAGGAAAGAAAAGCCCCCAUAUCGUGUAUCUCAUCACUGUAGGUCCCAAGGAACACCACAUCAAGAAUGGCUUUAAUGUUGUAGUACUGUAAAAACUAAUGAAUGUAUAAUGUUUCCACAAAUAAAAUGUGACAGAGUUGUA